ACCAUCUGUCACUCUUGACAAACAAUCCGUUUUUAAUCAAUUCUUCAACGUCGUCACUCUAAAGCAUCACUAUCUCCAUCUUCAACUUGCCAAGAUGCCUACUGAAGUCGAUUGUGGAAAACUAAAGAAACCCCAGAUGCACGGCUUGGCAACGAAAGCUGCGAAGUCAAUGGUAGCCAAAGCUCUGCUGAGUGCCGGUCUAGCAGGAUUGAUGUUUCAUCAGUUCUACAUGGAGAGGAAGAAGAGGAUAUACCGGAACUUCUACGAAAACUACGACAUUGAGAAGGAGUUUGAGAGGAUCAGAUCUAAAAAUGUGUUCGAUUCAUGUUAAAGAGAUCGCGCGUAGUUGAAAGAAAAUCAACCACUGUAAGACUGCUCUCUGAAUGGAAUGGUAAUUUAAAUAUUUCAUCUGCUUUGAACCCACUAAAUAAGAAGUUUAAAUUUCCCUUUGACAUUUUACAGGAAAUUGUUCUUCGAGGUUUUUCAAUUCAUAUAUAGGUCGUUAAUUAUUUCUCCUCAGUUUCUUACUCGCUUUAUUCUCUAGGAAUACUUGGUCUUUGCAAUUGAAGUAAGUGAAUGUUUCGUCGCUUUUUUCAAUGUUGAACGGAAUAGUAGAAAAUGUUGUUCUCAAAUCUAAAAUACAAUCAUCAGAUAUCAAAUAGUUUCAACCGUAUACGCGGUGAGGCAAAUAUAAAAC